AACAUCAAUGGAUAAUGAUAUGACUUCGGUAACACAUUAAGAUGAGUCAUUAAUCAGAUCUUUUUUGAUCUAAGAUUUAAAUUAAAAUAAAAAUGUUUAAAACAUAAACUUCCAAACGGCUAAAACCGCCGACAAGUUAUGUUUGCAAGAAUGGAACGGGGCAAGAGAAGAGUUCUCGAAGGCAUCGCCUCACAAUCUGUGGUCAGGGGGAGUAAGGCGGAACGCAGAUAUCAUUUCAAGAGUUUCAUAGGGACCAUUAUGGCCGUUACACCAUCUAAUGACUCAUGGCUGGCUGUUCAGCUGUUGGUUGGACAACAGCUGAAUCCCCUAUAUUGUAACAUCCUGAUCAAAGUCUUAUAGGACUUGGAGCUUUAAGAUUUAUACAUUUUAAAGAGUCCAACGACACGCUCUGCCAUCUCCAAAAGAGAGAAUUUUUGGUAUUCCACCUCGCCAUACAGGAAAUGCUGUUACGACCGGCCACUGGCACCUCACUGCACAAAAGGAGUGACAGGAUUAUGAAACCCAAAAAAAGAUCAUUUAUCACGAUUUUGGAAUAGCAGACUUAUUCGGAAUAUGAAUUGUACAGCAUAUAUAUUUUCUGACAUUGCUGUCUUUUAAAACCCCUAUGUUAAUAAAAACAAGUGUUUGAGAAUGUGAGAUGAUCACGUGUUUUAUAAUGAGAUACAAGUUACUGUAAAGUGUUGGUUUCUUGGAAACCACGUGAUCCUGAAAACAAAAGUGAAAGUGGCUUCACCAAGGAGGAUAAAAGGAGGGGUCUGUAACUCAGCACUGCAGAAGCAUGGAAGGAAGUACGGUGUUGUACUAACAGCAAGAGGACAAGUACAUAAUCUACAAAUCCAGCACAACUAAAUUCCUUGGAAAAGAACUUUGUGGUGCCAUGGGUAAAUCUCCUACAAAGUGAGAAGCUGUUUGAAUAACCUGGAGCAGGAGUGGGAGGACUGACAGUAAACCAACAAUGGAGGGAACCGGCGAUGGAGAGCCACCUGUUGACAGCAGUGGUGACAGGAACAAAGGCAAGCAGCUGGAGAACUUGUUGGUGGAUCUGGGUUUGGAGCAGCACUACACAAAGAAGCUAUCACUGAGCCAAAUACUUCAGAUUGAUAAGAAGAGCAUCACUGAUGAACCUGCCAAGUGUAAUUCAGAUCUUCCAUGGUAUUUUCUGAAGAAACUGAUGAUGGUCAAUGUGACAGCUAGGAAUCUGAAAUCAGAGUCAAACCAUGGUGAUCUGUCCGAGAAUGCAGAAUUAGAUCUUGAUGAUCUGAUGAACUGUGAUAAUUCAGAUGACAUGGUAAACCCACUCGACAUAGUCACUGCUCUCUUUCUAUGUUCUGAUGGUUUUGUGCGGCAGGAAAUGUCACUCAAAAUGUCCAUGUGCCAGUUUUCUGUACCACUGUUGCUUCCUAAUUGUGAAUCAGAAGGGUGCACAUUCAUGCUUUGGGCCAUGAGAGACAUCGUUAAAAAGUUCAGACCUCAGUCACUUUCACAAUCCAAGGGCUUUGUUGAAGACAGGAUUGUUCUUUCUGAACUUCCAAUGAUAUCUUUUGUGAGACUGGGGGAAUGCUCCUUGUCCAAGUCAAAGAUCCUCAAUAUGCUUCUGAGCAAUUCUCAACAGUACCAUGACACUUUUGUUCACCAUGACAUGGAGUGUGGCGAUAGUCCAAGAAGAAUAUCCAAUGGACUGACUGAAAUUACUUGGUACCUUCCUUGUGGCAACAAAAACAUUGAUAUUUUCAGUGAGCCAGUAGCUGUAGCUAACCUUCGUGGGGACAUUGUUUCAUUUGAAACACAGUUUUCUUUUUUGUGUCAGACAUCAGCAGCGGUUUUUGUGUUCUUUGACAAUUUGGACCCUGAGUGCAGGCUGCUUCAUAACCAACACCUCAAGGCACAGAUCUUCUUGGUAGGUAACUCCCAAAGCAAGUGCUUCAAAAUGGAAACUGUAAAAAAGGUAGCAACAAAGCUGGGUUUGACUAAGAACACCCUUAUUAAGACCAAGCAGAUAAAUGAUGCAGACUUUGUCAAAGGUUUGCGGAAAAAAGUCAACAAUGUGAUUGAAAACACAAAGAUGAAGAUGCCAAUUGAGCAGAUGGCUGACGUUGCCCAUGAACUGGGAAUCUUGGUUGAUGAAGACUGCUCAGAGUGUCAGACUGCCAAGGAGAAUGCAGAUGCCAUUACUGAAGAAAUUCAAAACACCCUUGAAUACAAAGAAACUCAGCUUCCCCUGCAAGGUGACAUAUGGAAGGAAUUGUCACGCUUAGAGAAAGAAGAAUUUCGACUUAAAAAUCUUGGGUCUGAAGAUAUUGAAACAUACAAAGAUGGUCUUCAGGAAGAGAAAAGAGAACUUCGGAACAAACAGAACUCUCGUGGCAUGUCCGAUGCCAUGAUGUGCUUCAUCAAAGCAAUAUCGAGCCCAGGGAUUGAGAGAUCUUAUUUCCUGAAAUGGAUGCGAAUGAACCUUGAUAACCUGUCUCGAGAAAAACAGUCUGUCCUCAGGAAGCAGUACAAAGAAAAAUGCAAGAAUCCUGAGAACAAAGAUGCGAUCAAAGACAUUGACAGAGAGCUUUCCAACAGCUCACUGGGAACUGAACACUUCUUCCGUGAAAUGGGUCAGAUUUACGAAGCUUCAGUUUCCCUUCCAGAAACAGAUCUGUCACGGACACAAUUACAGCAAUUGCCUGAAAUUUGUGCAGGACUGUUACUUGAUGGAUUUCCCCUUGAGCUUGUAGAUGGAGAUGCGUCCAACAUACCUCUCAGAUGGGUGAAAGACGUUCUCUCUCAGCUCAAUCGAUUGGUGUCUCCCAAGAACAAGAUACUGGUAGUCACAGUUCUUGGAGUUCAGAGCACAGGGAAGUCCACUCUGCUGAACACCAUGUUUGGAGUGCAGUUUGCAGUCAGCAGUGGUCGAUGUACUCGAGGUGCUUUUAUGUUGCUCAUCAGAAUCAAUGACGAUGUCAAGAAAGACCUCAACUGUGACUUCAUGGUGAUCAUUGACACUGAGGGCCUAAAGUCACCAGAGCUUGCACAACUGGAUGAUAGCCAUGAGCAUGACAAUGAGCUUGCAACACUUGUUGUGGGGCUGAGUGACAUCACCAUUAUCAAUAUUGCAAUGGAGAAUUCAACACAAAUGAAGGACAUCCUACAAAUAGUUGUGCACGCUUUUCUCAGGAUGAAAGAGGUGGGCAAAAAGCCCAAAUGUCAGUUUGUUCACCAGAAUGUGUCCGAUGUUUCAGCUGAUGAGAACAACUUGAGAGACAGGAGACUGCUCUUGGACCAGUUAAACGAGAUGACGCGGGCAGCAGCCAAAAUGGAAAAGAAAGAGAAGAACAAGAGCUUCACUGAUGUGAUGGAGUACAAUCCAGACACUGGGAACUGGUACAUUCCUGGACUGUGGAAUGGAAACCCACCAAUGGCGCCAGUCAAUGCAGGCUAUAGUGAAGCGGCGUAUGAGCUCAAGAAAAACAUCAUCAAACUCCUGGGAAAUUGUGAGUCCUCUGCUAAUGACAUCAUGAAGUUAAAUGAGUGGAUAUCAAGCCUGUGGAAUGCAGUAAAGCAUGAAAACUUCAUCUUUAGCUUCAGAAACAGUCUAGUGGCUGAUGCCUACAUGAGGUUAUGCACAGAUUUCAACAAUUGGGAAUGGACAUUCAAAGAGUCCAUGUACAAGUGGGUAACAUAUGCUGAAACAACAAUUUCAAAUUUUGGUACAGUUGCUUCAAAAUCUGAAAAAGAUAACAUAAAAGAACUCGUCUUGAGUUUGAAAAGCGACGUCUCCACAAAGCUGAACAUAUGGGAGAAUGAGCUUCUCGAAAAACUGAAAGAGUAUUUCAAGCAAAAAGAGGGUCAUGUCCAUCUGGUAGAAGGAUACAAAGAGGAAUUCACAAACAGUGCAAAGAGCCUGCGAAAAGAAAUGGAGAGCUGUGUUUACAGUCAGCUCACAGCAGCAGCAGAUAUCAAACAGGGAAUGACAGAACUUGACAAAAUCAGAGAAAAUCACACAAAAGAAAUUGAAAAGGCAGUGUGUGCUCUGAUUGAUGAAUGUCGAAAGAACAAAGUCCAGAUGACAGAUGAAGAGCUGGACAAAGAAUUUGAUAAGAUGUGGAAUGAAACUGUAAAGAAACUGUCUUUUCCUGAACAAAAGCCAACAAAUGUUUUCACCAGUGUCUCCCACUACCUCAGACUUAAUGUGUCGCCGAAGGGGAGUCUUGCAUGUCAACUGUUGAAUCAACAGAGCCUGAAAGAUUGUGGUAAAAUGCCCUUCAAAUAUACAGCCAAAGGAACGAUGGAGAAAACAAAACACAGAGUGAAGUCAUUGGCACAGUGGUUUCCCAUUCAAGAUCCCGUAAUGAUGGUACAAGAUAUGGCUGACAGAAUCAUUGAUAAAUGCAUUCAGUAUGUGACUGAAAAAGCCCCAAAAGAAGAAGAAACAAAAGGAGACGAAACAAGGAAAACAAGAAAAACCAAAAAUUAUUCUGAAGCUUACAUCCAGGAGAUCCUUCGCAUGAUUGACGAGAGCCUGGAAAAGAAUCAGGAUGUUAAGACGGACACGGAGUUUGAAGUCUCUCUCAAACAACACAUCUGUGGAGCUGCAGCCAGACACUUUCAGGAAAUGCACGACGAUUUCCUACAAGAGAAUGAUCCUUACAGAUGCCUGAACAAACACAAAAAUAAGUUCUGUGAGGAUUUCAAAGAUGUGUUCCAUAAACGAGACCAGUGCCAGAAGAAAGCAGAAGAGUUCACCAACCGAUGCUUGAAGCCCGCAGUUGAAGACUUUGUCUACUCCCACCUGGGUACUGAUAUCAUUCAUGAAAUGAGAAGUCAACCGCAGUUCAUUGCAAGAAUGUACUCCCAGCAUAAAAUAUUACUGGAUUUGCUUUUACAGGAUGACUUUGGAGAGUAUGUGAGAUAUAUUCGCUCAUAUGAGAGCUAUGUAAAGAAGUGGAUACUCAACAAAACAGUUCAACACUUCUCGGAUGGUUCUCGAGCAUUUGAGUUAGAGGAACGUCAUCUUGAGUCAAGCAGCAGCAGCAUAAACGAUGCAAUCAACAAGGCCAAAAAGGAAACAAAUGGUGACUUGGGAACAUUCAUAAAACAUUUCUGUCAAGAACUUGGGGAUACACUGGUCAUUUCCCAAGACGCUCUCGCUGCUUUCAUGAUCUUGAACGAAGCAAACCAGCAACAGUUUGCUAACUGGUUCACAGAGUGUGUGAAUGAGAUGCAACAAGCUCUGAGACAAGAGUUUCAAAAAACAACUUUCCAGAUGAAACUGAAACGUCUUCAUGUCAAGCCUCAGAAUGAGCUUUUCACUCAAGUGAUUGGAUGUGGCAAACAGUGUCCCUUCUGUGCAGUGGCCUGUGUGAGAGGGGGUGCUUCCCAUGCUGAGCACGAGGCUUCGCUGCAUCGGCCCAAGGGUCUGAGUGGAUACAAGUGGCACGAAACCAAAAAACUUGUCACUGACAUAUGCUCGUCGUCUGUGUUCAGUGACAACCGGUUUGGCUGUGGUGCAACUGGUGGUGAAUGGCACCCUUACAAGAAAUACAGAGACAUUUUCCCGGACUGGAAAAUUCCUCCAGAUCCAAGCUAUGAGGCAUCAGACUACUGGAAAUAUGUAAUGGCAAGAUUCAAUGAGAGGUUUGCAAAAGAACACAAUACAGAGCCUGCUGAUAUUCCUUCAAGCUGGACAAAUAUCACAAGCGAGCAGGCAGAAAAGAGUCUCAAAGAGUCUUUUAACAUCAAAUGAGAGACUACUGUACAUAAUGUCUGCUUACAGAAGCACAUUCUUCUCACUACAUUGAUUUAUUCAUUUUCCUCCCAUGGAUAUUUGCUCACGUUUAUCUGAUAUCGUUUUGUGUCGUUGAGCACACUUAAAUAUAUUUUAUGAUUUCAUGAUAGUCAAUGUGCAUGCUAGCAGCACAUGUUAAAAAAUACACCAGUUAAAGUUACAUCUAACUUUGAUUUUAAUAAUUUUGUGUGACAUAUCAACUUCAUUUUAUAGCCACUAAAGAUAUCUACGCAUAUAAUCAAAGAAAGAAGUUGUCGGAGGUUUUUCUUUUGUCAAAUGUUAUUGUGAGAUGCUCUCACCUUUUUGUAUGCUUUGUGUUGACAUUGUGCUUUUCUUAAAAUCAACCAGCAUAUCCAUCUUUCUGUCCAACAGAGGGAAAAAAAAUGAAUGAAACCGUUGCCAUUGAAACCAUUGUAGAUAUAAAUUCCUGGAUAAUGAA